AUGGAAAGGAUGAGCUUUCACUCAACCUGGAGAAAGUGGAUCUUAGAAUGUUUGAAGUCGUCAAGGGUAUCGGUGUUGGUCAAUGGAAUCCCCACAAAAGAACUCACCGUUGGUAGAGGCCUGAAGCAGGGAGAUCCUCUAUCUCCGUUUUUGUUCUUGCUAGUGGCAGAAGGUUUUAACCUUCUAAUGAAAAGAGCUGGGAGUUAG